GUUAAACGGCCAAUGUUUUCAUACGGCAUCAUUAAAGUAAUAAUAAAGAUAUAAAAUUUCACGAAUCUAUUUGAGGUUAUGUAUUCCUAAAUCCAAAGUUUUAUCAAAGAAGAAAAAAUGUCAAUGUUUAUGUAUAGUAAAACAUAUUUUUUUAAACCAAAAAUAGUUAACUUUAUCCCGUUACGUUCGAUCAAAGCAAAAGUUCCUAAUACAUUUGUCAAUGAAGUAGAUAAAGAUGGCUUUCGAAUAUUAGAAUUAUUUCCAACAAAAAUUAAAAAAACUGUAAAAUAUCAAAAGUCCAUUCCAAUAUUUACCGGAAGAGAACAAAAAAUGCCUGUUGAUCAAGACUGGCCAACAGUUUGGCCGAGUCAAAAAACAUUUCAGCCACAUUCGGUUCCCCUUCCUGUUCGACAAGGAUAUCCUAAGCCAGGUGAAGGGCCGUUUUCAAAAAUUGCAAAUACAGAAUUGAUGAAAAUACCAAAUUUCUUACAUUUGACUCCUCCUGCUAUCAAAAGACAUUGUGAAGCCCUAAAACAAUUUUGUACAGAAUGGCCAAAAGAACUUGAUUCUGAUGCAAAAUGUACCGAACAUUUUCCUCUAGAAGUUUUGUAUUCUGAUUAUUGUUAUUCAGGACCAUCGAUUAGAGAUCCACUUUCGAGGAUUAUUACAUUUAAAGUUAAAUUAUCUAGUCUAAAACUUGAUUAUCAUGCAAAAGAUAAAAUAUUACGAUUAGCAGGAAAUAGAUAUGAUUAUACAAGUGAUAUCAUAACAAUUAUUACCGAUCGCUGUCCUAUGCGGAAGCAAAACUAUGACUAUGCUACAUAUUUACUAAUUGCUUUAUAUCAUGAAUCUUGGCGAAAAGAAGAUUGGGAAAAUGAAAAGGCACUAGCUGAUAUGGAGUAUUACGAUUGGGAAAAGAACCAAAGUAAAAAGAAUUUAGUAACAAUAUAUGCUUGGCCUGAAAUACCACAAGACUUUAAUUAUGCUCAUAUACCACAUGCCGAAGAGUAUAAAGUUGCUGUCUCAGAGCUAAUAAAUAACGGCGAGGAUGAACAUUCUAUUAAUAAAUAUAAGCAAGUUGUUAAAAAAUUAAUGUUUUUUAAACCUGAGAAAAAUCAUUCAACGGAAAGUGAAUAAAUUUGUUGAAAUUUACAAACUGUUAAAUGAUUACUGUUUCUUAUUUGCGUCUGUAUUCGAAUUUGAAAAAGUAAAUUAUUUUCGAAAAUAACGUACUUUCAAGUACUCUUAAAUACUAGAAAAAUUGAUAAUCGAUGGAUA